AUGCUGAACAAAAGCGGUGAGGAAAUCAUGACUGAAUGAACGAUAAUGGAAAACACAGCAACACGGAAUUCAUAAGCUGCAAGUCAUCUUGUGAAUGACACAUCCAGCUACACUAAAAAGAGAAGAUACACUUUUUUUUUCUUUUUAUCGUGCACGUGUUUGUGCCCACCGGUACUUAAGAGCGGUUACAUUAGUACUAAAGAAGUGCAGGGGCUCUCCUGUGUUAGGAGCGUGUUUCAGCCAUAUGUUGCACACAGGUGGAACAGCUCCCUGGUUUUCAGCUGCUAACUCACAACACCUGCUAAUAGGGCCGCUAUACAUAAGAAGAAAGAAACAGUCGUCAACCACAUUCUCUAGAUCUACUGUACCUGUUACUCUUACAAGAUACAGCGAGCGAGCCGCCCCUGAGUUUUGCUGUUGUGCACUCGUCAAAUUUAACGGCCGCUACAAACAAAGAUGACGUUUGUCGCCAAAAAGCACCCUCACAUUCGAUACAACCCACUUAAAGACGAAUGGGUCCUCGUGUCUCCGCAAAGGACACUUCGUCCUUGGCAGGGUAAAACCGAGAAAGCUACCGACGUGUCGACUGCGCGCGUUUUGGAUCCAAACAACCCACUCUGUCCGGGAGCCAGGAGAGCUAAUGGCGAAGUCAAUCCGAUUUAUGAAUCCACCUUUACAUUCAGAAAUGACUUUCCAGCUCUCCUGGAGGAUGCCCCAAGUCCUGAAUCUGAAGAGAAUGCUGAUGAAUCUGGCCUCUUCCGCAUGGCCGAGGCUAGAGGCACUUGUCGAGUGAUGUGCUUCCAUCCAUGCUCCAACGUGACUCUGCCCCUGAUGAGUCAAUCCGAAGUGGAGACUGUGAUCGAUGAGUGGGCUCUACAGACCGAGCAGUUAGGCCAGACUUAUACAUGGGUUCAGGUUUUUGAAAACAAAGGGGAAAUUAUGGGCUGCUCCAACCCUCAUCCACACUGCCAGAUUUGGGCAAGUUCAUUUAUGCCAAAUGAACCAAGACUGAAGGACAAAUCCCAGAAGGCUUACUUUCAAAAAACUGGGAAACCACUUCUUGUGGACUAUGUGUCCCGAGAACUGAAAAAGAAUGAACGCAUUGUUUUGGUGUCUGACCACUGGGUUGCUCUGGUGCCAUUUUGGGCUGUCUGGCCAUACGAGACCAUGCUUGUACCUAAACGUCACGUGACCAGGCUGUAUGAACUGAAUGCUGCAGAAAAAUCAGAUUUGGCAAGUAUCAUGAGAAAACUGCUUACAAAGUAUGACAACCUGUUCAGUACCUCAUUCCCAUACUCUAUGGGUUGGCAUGGCGCACCUACUGGCAAAUACUUGAAUGAGGAUGCGUCACAUUGGCAGCUACAUGCAACCUACCUGCCCCCGCUGCUUCGAUCAGCUACCGUGCAGAAGUUCAUGGUUGGCUACGAGAUGCUUGCGCAGCCUCAGAGAGAUCUGACACCAGAACAAGCUGCCGAUGUGCUACGUGCCCAGUCCGAGGUUCACUACACACAGUGCUCAAGCUGAUUAGUGACAAAGCUGGUUCUGCUAAGCUAGUCUUCUUAUUUUUUACACUAUUGGCAGAUAACCUGCCUCUACAUAUAUAUAUAAACAACCUGCGAUUCGAUGUUUUCUAGCGUUGCAUAUACUGCACAUGCAAUUUUGUACACUGCAUUUUGCUUGUGAUGCUAGAUGUCCGAAAUAUGCUGCAGAAUGAAUUUCAGUUUGCCAUUUUUACCAUCCUUAUGCACAUACAGGCACGGUCAAAACUUUGCAGAAUGCAGGUUCCUUGAAAAAGUAUAAUUUCAGCCCAGUUUUAGUUUACAGACAUUGAAACAGUACAACAUUAUGUUGCUUGCGUAGGCUAGUACAAGUAGCACAUUGUAAAUCCAGGCUGCAUGCCCAGGCUCAGCAAAUUUUUUUUCCCAGAUCCAGCAUCCUGUUAACUUUUUACACUACCUGUAUAAAUAGCAUCAACAUUGCCGGAUCAGAAAAAAAUGUAAUGAAGUAAUUGUUAUACUACUAGCGUUAAUGCCGCCAUUUUGUUUUUCAACAAAAGAGUCAGGCAUGAGAAAUGGGUGCUUGCAGGUUUUUCAUAAUGUUCAUAGCCAAAGUGGAUGUGCAUAGGUUGUUUGAAUGUUAAGAUCUAGUCCCGUAUAUAGUAUAUUCGAGUCAAAAUCGAGUUCGUAAGCAGGGAAGCUGCUGGUCCUAUUUUUUCGUUGAUAUGCACGCAUAGACUUGCUACUGACAGAAUAUUAAAGCAUUCUUUUUACUCAAGAA